AUGCCCCUGGAUGAGAUCCUCUUGUCUCAAGGUCUAGGGCCCUCUCCUGGACCUAGCUCCUUUCCCCCAGCGCUCUCUACCCCGAAUCAUCAACACCCAUACUAUCUCCGACAAACUUUCAUCAGUAUUGACAACCUUAACAAUCUUCCUGCCCAGAACCCUCAUUAUUCCAAUUAG